AAAAAUAACCUUCAACUCUUUUGAAAGUGUCGUGUGGCAUCAAUGUGGAAUUAGUAGGAUAUUUAUAAAUAAAAUUUAAUUUAUUAUCGUCCACACGAUGUCAGAACAUGUAUUACCGGCAGAAGAGCCGAUACGAUUUAUAGCACCUAUUAUACAAGACAAUCCCACAGGAUGGGGACCCUGCGAAAUGCCGGAACAAUUUCGAGACAUGCCAUAUCAACCUUUUAGUAAAGGGGAUCGCUUAGGCAAAAUUAGUGAUUGGACUGUAGUACAAGAUAAAAAAUACCAAAACAAGUAUGCUUCGCAAUUUGGCGCUGGUUCGUCCUAUGCAUACUUCCAUGACGAAGACGAGAGCACGUUCCACCUGGUGGAUACUACGCGUGUUCAGAAGCCUCCAUACCAACGCGGCCGUGCUCGUGGACAGCGAGGACGAGGUGCUAGAGGCGCUCGUACGCCUGGUGGCAUGACUACUUUAAAUAAGCAACGCGACCGCAAACUAGGCAAAAGAUGGGGUCAGAGAGGUGCUCCUAUGAAGAUCCGUGACGCUUCUGUAACUGUCAGACCAGCAUGGGUCACUAUUGAAGAUAUGGACUUCCCACGACUAGCAAAGCUGUCACUUCCUGGAAUAAAGGAAGGUGAAGAUAUUGUGUGCUGUGGUACUUUGGAAUACUAUGAUAAAGCUUAUGAUCGCGUUAAUGUCAAGCAUGAGAAGGCGUUGCAGCGUAUUGAUCGUAUCUUCCAUACUGUAACAACAACUGAUGACCCAGUGAUCCGACGACUCAGCAAGACAACUGGCACUGUUUAUGCUACUGAUGCCAUCCUAGCCACCAUCAUGUGCUGCACCCGCUCUAACUACUCGUGGGAUAUUGUCAUUGAAAAGAUUGGUGACAAGCUGUUCCUGGACAAGCGUGAUAACACCGAGUUUGACUUGCUGACCGUCAAUGAGACGUCUGUGGAGCCUCCCGCCGAUGACGGCAACUCCAUCAACUCGCCGCGCAACCUCGCGCUUGAGGCGACCUUCAUCAAUCAUAACUUCAGCCAACAGGUGCUGAAAUCAGGAGCCAACGAGGCCAAGUACAAGUUCCCUGAAGCGAACCCGUUUGUAUCCGAGGAGGAAGAGGGAGAAGUGGCCUCUGUCGGCUACCGUUAUCGCAAGUGGAACCUCAACAAUGGUGUUGUACUAGUAGCCCGUUGCGAGCACGACGCAGUAAUGCAGGGACCUCAGAAUGAGACCCAGUUUCUGACAAUUAAGGCGCUAAACGAGUGGGACUCGAAGCUCGCCAAUGGCGUGGAGUGGCGUCAGAAGCUGGACACGCAGCGCGGCGCCGUGCUCGCCAACGAGUUAAGGAACAACUCUUGCAAGCUAGCUAAAUGGACUGUGCAGGCGCUGCUAGCGGGCUCGGACCAGCUGAAGUUCGGCUACGUGUCGCGGUCGCAGGUGCGCGACAACUCGCGCCACGUGAUACUCGGCACGCAACAGUUUAAGCCGCACGAGUUCGCCGCGCAGAUCAACCUUUCCAUGGACAACGCCUGGGGAAUACUGCGCUGCAUCAUCGACAUUUGCAUGAAGCAGAAAGAUGGUAAAUACCUAAUCAUGAAGGAUCCAAACAAGCCCCUGAUCCGUCUGUACGACAUUCCGGAUAACACGUUUGAAUCCGACGCAUCUGAAGAGAGUGGAGAUGAACAAGCAGACACACCAUUUGCGCCAUUGUAUUCUUAUGGAAAUCCCAAGAGGAUUUAAACGUUGUACACCUUGGUUUGUAUGUAUAAAACGUUAUAAAGUCGUACUAUUUCGACAAUUCGCUCCAUACAUAGUGUACACCGCAUAUGUAAAUGUAUUUCGAUUUUAUAUUUAGUGAAAUACAGUUUUAUUGUCACA